GAAAAUACUGCCAAUUCAAUUGGCCAUAAAUAUUUUCUCAUAAAACAUAAUCAGUUGCUCUUUAAUCUCAAAAAUUUUAAAUAAAAAAAAUAAAAUAUCAGCAAAGAAAGGUGUGUAAAUAAAAAAAAAAAAAAAAACUGGUGUUGUUAUGAUUAUUUUAUCAUCAGAUCAACGUCGUCAUUCGUUGAUAAAUCCCCACUUUUUUAAAGUCUAGGCUUUGAGGCCGACACACACAUAUCAACAUCAAAUUUUUUAAUGAAAAAAAAAAAUAACACAGCAACAAUAAUCACGCCACGACGACACAACGUCUUGUCUGUUUUUUUUUUUUUCAUAAAACAUCUACAGUAAUACUAUAUUUUGUUUAAAUAAUACAAUAAUUUUAUUAUAAAAAAUAAAACAAUAAUUUGAUAGUUUAUUUGGUUGUAAAAGUGGUCAAAAUGGCCGAUAAUAUUGUAGCUGGUGAUUCUGAACCGGCAUCAUCAUCACCAUCAUCACAGGAUAAUUCAUUUAUAAUGAAUUUUAUACAUGAAAUAAUUAAUUCACCAAUUAAUUUUAUACUUGUUGGUGUUAUUAUAUUUUUAAUAUAUAAAAUAUUUAAAAGUAAAAAUAAACCUGAAGAAAUGCCUGUUGAACAAACACCAGAAUUACCAAAAAUUCGACGUGAUUUUACUGUUGAAGAGUUAAAAAAAUAUGAUGGUAAAGGUAGUGAUGGACGUAUUCUUGUUGCUGUUAAUGGUAGUGUUUAUGAUGUCACCAGGGGAAAAAGAUUUUACGGUCCAGAUGGACCAUAUUCAGCAUUUGGUGGACGUGAUGCAAGUCGAGGCUUGGCAACAUUUUCAGUUGUUCCAGGUAAAGAUGAAUAUGAUGAUUUGAGUGAUCUAGAUACAACUGAAAUGAAUUCAAUACUUGAGUGGGAGGAACAAUUUAAAGAAAGAUACGAUUACGUUGGUAAACUACUUAAACCAGGUGAAGUACCAACAAAUUAUUCUGAUGAAGAAGAAGAAGGUAGUCAACAAGAAUCAGAUGCAACCAAAAACAAGGAUGAUUGACCAAUAAAUAGCCAAUCAAUUUCGAUUACAAAUAUCAUUGAAAAAUGGUAUUUAAAAACAACCACUGCAUAUUGUUAAACUAUCAUAAAUUUGACAUGCCUUUUUGUAUAAAUUUUGUGAAUUUUUUUUCUUUUAAAAUCACGUUAAAAGUUAAAAACAAUUGAGUCAAUUUUGGAAGAAAAAAAAACAACAAAAUCAUAAAAUCAUCCUGACACUGCUAUUAAAAAUUAAAUUAUAAAAAAAAAAAUAAUAACAAUAAAUUCAUGUAUAGAUUUUAAUUAACAAAGAUAAUAUUUUUUUUUUUUUUUUUAUUUUAAUUAUCGCGUUUCUUCUUCUUCUUAAAAUUAUAAUGAUAAAUUUUUUUUUAUUUUGUAUUUUAUUAUAUCGCACUUUGUGUGGAAUGUUAUAUUAUAAAAUAUUCUAUAAUUUAAUCAAGGUCAAUGAUAAAGUAAACAAAAAAAAUUAUUCAAGGUUUUAUUGUGUUUAAAAAAAAAUUGAUAAUUGGCCAUUGAUUGUAAUCGAAAUAAGGUGAUUAUAUUUCGAUCAAGUCAAUUACAUUUUUCGAUGAUUAAAAAAAUAUCUCGUGAUAAUUAAAAAAUAUUAUAU